GUUCGUUACGAGUCUGAACAAAACAGCUGAUGCUGCCCAAUUGAAAAUCAGUCCCGCAUUUAGUCCAAACAAAAUAGAUUGAAUUUUAAUAAAAUGCUGCGAAGUGCAUUGCAUUUAGCUGCCCUAGGGGUUCGCCAGUCCCGAGUGACUAGCUGCUCACCGAGAUUACCAUCAAUCCUGCAAAAUAAUCCACAAAAUGCGAAAUACCUGCAAGUGGCGCGCGAUUAUGCAAAGGGCAAGGACAAAAAGAAGGAAAAGGGCGGCAAGGGAAAACCGGGCAGCAAAGUGGAAAUCAAUGAGCAGCAGCUGCGCGAGAUCCUCAAUUUCGAUGGCCUAAAUAGCCAGAUGCAGAAAUCCGUGAUGCAGAUGAAGGAAGACUUUGUGAAGCACCUGUCGCUGCGGUCGACCAGCGGUGCCAUCGACACACUACGCAUCAAAGUCGAUGGCCAGGAGCACGAGCUGCAGGAACUGGCCCAAAUCUCUCGCAAAAAUCCCAAGACCAUUAUCGUCAAUAUGAUUGGUUUCCCGCAAACGAUUCCCGAUGUUCUCAAAGCCAUCGAAAAGAGUGGCAUGAACCUAAAUCCCCAGCAAGAUGGCACUACUCUGUUCAUACCCAUACCAAAGGUCACCAAGGAGCACCGGGAAAAUUUGUCCAAGAAUGCCAAGGCUCUGUUUGUCAAAUAUCGCGAUGCCAUACGAGGCGUCCAGAACGAGCAAAUUCGCAAGCUGAAAAAACAACCGGAACUGGGCAAGGAUGACGCCUUUGCCGCUCAGGCUCAGGUCACUGCCAUCGCGGAUCGCUUCAUCUCGGAGGCCGACAAGUUGCUGGCCAGCAAGCAGAAGGAGCUGCUGGGCGACUAAGCUCAAGACCAAGACUGAUUCUGCUCCAAAAGCCUUAAUAAAUCUAAAUGUUUAAAUUUAAAAC